AAAUGGUUGUGAAUUUUUCAAUAUUGAUUGUGAAUGUUGAAGUAAGGGCGAUUUCGAAAACGAAGGGAUGGAUUCCUUGAUCGCCAACCAGCCUGUCGUGAUUGACAAUGGCUCUGGAAUCAUCAAAGCUGGUUUUGCAGGUGAUCAAGUGCCAAAGUGCAAUUUUCCGAACUUUAUUGGAGGCCCCAAACAUGUCCGCGUCAUGGCAGGUGCUCUCGAGGGCAAUGUAUUCAUCGGACCAAAAGCUGAGGAACAUCGUGGUCUCCUGAAUCUUAGAUAUCCCAUUGAGCAUGGCAUUGUCACCAACUGGAACGACAUGGAGCAAGUUUGGCAGUACAUAUUCUCAAAGCCUCAGUUGGACACGUUUGCAGAGGAGCAUCCGAUUCUGCUGACAGAGGCACCGUUGAACCCUCGCCGCAACCGUGAAAAGUCAGCAGAGAUCUUCUUUGAAACGUUUAACGUACCGGCAUUGUUUGUCAGCAUGCAAGCAGUGCUCAGCCUGUAUGCUACGGGUCGUACAACGGGUGUUGUGCUAGACUCCGGGGAUGGUGUAACACAUGCAGUGCCAAUCUACGAGGGAUUUGCCAUGCCGCACUCAAUCAUGCGUGUCGAUGUGGCCGGAAGAGAUGUAACUCGCUACCUCAAGUUUCUGCUGCGGAGAGAAGGGUACAACUUCCGCACAUCAGCCGAGUUUCAGAUUGUGCGGCAAAUCAAAGAGCGAUCGUGUUAUAUUGCACCUAAUCCUUUGAAAGAGGAGUCUAUGGCUAUCGAUGCCGAGAAAAGCAGCUUCUUACUACCGGACGGCAGCCGUAUUGAUCUUGGACACGCCCGGUUCCGAGCAGCAGAGGUGCUUUUCAAGCCAGACCUGAUCGGUGAAGAAUGUGAAGGACUUCAUCAGGUUUUGAACUACUCCAUCAUGCGAUCAGACAUGGAUUUGCGCAAGACUCUUUACCUGAACAUCGUACUGUCUGGUGGAUCAACGCUCUUUGACGGCUUUGGUGCACGUCUUCUGACCGAAGUGAAGAAGCUUGCUCCACGUGACAUCAAGAUUAGGAUAUCCGCACCUCCAGAGCGUCUCUACUCGACCUGGAUUGGUGGUUCUAUCCUGGCAUCACUUGAUGCCUUCAAGAGAAUGUGGCUAUCGAAGAAGACGUACGAUGAAGAAGGACCCAACGCCAUUCACAAAAAGAUGUUCUGAGCUGCGUGUCGUUUGCACCGUUUGCAUUGUCUCACUGUCACCUGUCCAUGUACAUAUUAUAGUCUACCCGCACCCCUUUCAUGCCAAACUGCUGACUGCUGCUACCCUGCUGUGCUGAUGCUGCUAUCUGCUCUCCCCUCUAUUUCGUUGCUUAUUAUUGCUGUGUCCGCGUUGCAGUCAUCUUUGUUUUACCUUUCCUACCGUAUCACCGCUUUGUUGCCUCAUGAAAGUAACAUAUUUUCAUAUUUUAAAAUUCUCUUCACAGUACAGAGGCACAUGCACAGGUGUGCCUUCAGUCUCUUGUAUGUAAGCUUUUCAUGAAACAGACUCCUCGCUGUAUUUAGCAAACUAUGCGCAGAUGUUGAAAUAAUUCCUACCGUUGCUCACUCUCCCCCGGCCACUCCAUUAGAGAACUGCCUGCAUUUGUAGACGGUGCGGUCUCGUUUUUUCGUUUGGUGACCUUAGCGCGACUUUAGCACUUGUACAAAUCAUGACUAUUUCAUUCUCAACAUUUACCUUCCUGCAUUUCCUCACUUUUGUAGAUCUGAUAUGUAUGGCGAUGUGUUUCAUUGAAUACGAUUAUGUCUGUUUUUGCUACUCUGAGCAAA